AUGGGAUGCGUUAAUUCUACUCUAAAACAAAAAAAAUUGAAAAGGAGCAUUGAUAGUAAAAAAAAUAUUGAUAGUGAAAGUGAUAAGAACAUUAUCAAUCCUAUAGAGGAGGAUUAUGAUUCCGAUGAUUCCAUAGAUCGUCUAUCAAUUGAUGAUUUUGUAGAAGAAUAUGUAAGGCAAUAUAAAAAAUAUUUUUAUCCUUGGGUAAAAGGUCGUUCUCCACCAAUAAAAGUCACGCUUAAAAUUUUACCAAGUUCUAUAAAUAAAGCAAGAGAUCUUUUAAAUGAGCUUAAAACUCAUUACAAAAAUGCAAAAUCAUCAGAUCCUAUCAGUUUUUAUGGAAUAACAUAUGUUGAACAAAUAGAGAAAUUUAUGAUAGUUAUCGAACAUUUUGAUUAUGGAGACCUUAGAACUUAUUUAAAAUCCAAUUUUAGCGACUUGAAAUGGAAGACAAAGAUCAAUUUACUUGAUUCUACUGCUCGUGGAUGGUAG